AUACAUAAAAUGUAGUGGGUUAUAACCCACUUUAUCACUAAUCAAAUUUAAAUUUAAAAUAUUCUCACUAUCUCUUAACUCACCCUACAACCACUCCUACAUCAUUCCACGUUUUCCCCUAUAUUUCCUCCCACGUUUCCCACUCCAAUUAAAAGUACUCCAAACAUAGCAUGGUAAAUACCUGAAAGCUAUCCCAUCCUGGUACCAGAACUCUGGUGCUCUUCUUAGUACGCAUCACACUUUUUUUGUUGAACCUUCGGCAGACGUCAGGAAGCGGCAGUGACUACCUUUCAUAAUGGAAGAUAUUAUGUGCAGAGACUUCAACAGAAAUCAAUCUUCUUGCGGAGAAUUAGAAGUAUAUUCUUGCCGGCUUAAUUUUUCAGAAGGUAACUGGGAGGUUUCGAGGAUGCAGUAGAAUUGGGGAGUUGGAAGUUUUGCAGUGCAGCUUCAGAACAGAAAUCCUUCCAGAAAUGAAAGGGGAUAGUCGAUACAUGGUGAAGUUGAAGGAUUUGAGCAGCUUUGCACAUCGUAAAGUUAAUCUUGUGGGCCUUGUGGUUGAGUUCUCCGUUCCCAGGAGGACCAACGGGACUGAUUAUUGUACGGUUCUGAAGAUCAUAGACCAAUCUCAACAAACUCCAGAGGUGACUGUUAAUGUGUUCAUGAGAAACAUUGAUGGGCUUCCCCACCUUCGUUCCCACAAAGAUAUCAUCCUCCUCUGCAGUUUCAAGGUGGAAUUCUAUAACCAAAAUUAUACUGCUGUUUACGACCACAAGGCCUCCUCUUUUGCGCUGUUUGACGGGAGAAUUACAAAUGACUUCACGCCAUAUCAAGUUUCUCCGUCAUUUUACUCUCUACAUUCUGAUAAACAUUUUGUUAGACGUAUGAGGAAUUGGUCCCAGAUUACUCCUUUUGAUGCUGGAACCAGUGAUUAUGCUGUGCUGCUGAAAGAUAUCAAAGGGCAUGAAUUUAUUGAUCUUGUGUGCAUGGUUCUCCAUCUGUGUGAAAUAUCUAAUGACAAAUGGAUGCUAUUUGUGUGGGAUGGAACUGAUGCUCCCGCCCUUCACUUAGAAAAAGAGGUUGGAGCUGACAAGUUGCCUUUACAAUUGGAGCAAACUGGUUUGCCUCCAAAUGUUUUAAAUAAUUUCCCUCGUCUUGGCACUGUAUUGAGGGUUAUGAUUGAUGAAAAAUACGAGCAUUUUGGUAACCAUUUCAAAAUUGUAAGAGAUUGGGUUAGAAUCCGUAAUCUUCACUGCAGGACUGUUUCGGGCUUGUGGGAAGGUGUUUUGACUCCUCAAACCAAAAUUCGACACUUGUCCAGGAAUGACAAUAGUGUUGUUGGACAUUUGAGGGACUAUAAGGAGAGAAUUGCACGACAAGGUUGCUUGCCUUCCUGUAUUAGUCCCACAUCUAAUUUUUUGACUGAGGUACCAAAUUUUGAGCAAGCUCGUUGUACUACAUUAAUGGAACUUCUCACGUCACCUCUGGUUCGUGGUAUGUUCAAGUGUGUCGUCCGUUUCCUAGCAGUUCUUCCGGCAGAAGUUGAAUGCUUCAGAUCGCCCACUGGCAGCUAUAGGAUGAGAAUUACCCUGGAGGAUCCUACAGCAAGAAUACAUGCACUUCUGCAAAGUGGAGAUGCGGAUGAAUUCUUUGGUGAUGAGCUAGACAUUGAUGCACUUGCUGUCAAGAUGAACAGAUUGCUCGGCAUGUCUGAAUCAGAUAACACAUGGCGGAAUCCUCCAUGGAGUGUAUGUUGUAUUGGAUUUCAUUCCUCGAAUGAAAAUGAUCUUUGGGGAAGUAGGCACUUUCAUAUAUGUAACACUAGACUUGUUACGUGAUACUAUAACUGCAUUUAAGGAUAGCCAGUCAUUAGGGUUUUGAAUCAUACUCUAGAGUCUAGACUAAAGGGUUUGCUCCUGCAAUAGAUGUAGUGGUUAUUAUGUAUUGUUUGAUUGUCCAGCAUUCGAUUUACUCGUGGCCUUUGAAUGAUUCCUCUUUGUGGUGGUA